CACGUGCUUAUGUUUACUACUGUACGAACAUAUACUGUCGACGUGCCUCUUACUGUUAUACUUCUAUCCGCGGUCGUACUACAAGGGCUCGUCUGAUCUUGUACCAAUCGACGCGCUCAUUGAUUUGGCGUUACUUGCGGCUGACACAUCACUUAUCAAAAAAAACAAAUAUCUACACACAGCUCGUAACGCUGAAGUGCUCCCGGUGCCGGGCCAGUCUGGGUCAUACUUUAUCCAACAACCAAUUAGAUACGCCAUCAGCCGCAGAAGAGGGAAUAGCAACAGAUACAAAUUUAGUCAGUAGCGAAUUGGAACCGCCGACGGUUAAAAACAACCAAUCAAACGCUACAACCACGGAAGGGAUCGACAUUAGUCUAGACACGGAUGUCUGUUCGGAGAAGUCCCCCACAACGCAACAUGUGGAGUCGACCGACUCAAAGAGUACACCAACUGAUCCGCUGACUACAAGAGCCCAUGAGGUUACACACAGGCGCAUAUGCAAGUGUAGUCACACACCUACACAUACACAUUCACCCACCCGCGCAAACCCAGGCAGCCCAUCACGCACGAGCAUGUACACGCACACGCACACGGGCACACAGGGAGAAUCACACACGUGCAAAAGCACGAACACGCCCACGAAUACAGACUCGUCUUCAGAUCAGUCUGUGUGUGUGCAAAGGAGUGAGCGACUGCAAUCCGCUAAGGACAGUAGCCGUGUGCCUCCGCAGCUUCAAAGCGAAGCAACGUUCUACCGCGAUAUGGUGACGACAAGCAAUGCGACACGAACUGAACGACAAGCCGAAAAGGUGUUUACAUUGACACACAAGCUGCUAGAAACGGCCGAAAGAGAGGUCACAUAUCGCCUCUCGAUACAGAUGGAAGACGCACCGACUGAGGAACCAAUUCUACUG